GGCUUCUCCCGGCUGUCGGAGCUCAGAUUAUCUCCGGCCGUGACGGAGCCGCUUCCUCCCCGAUACCGGCAACCCUCAUCCCUACCCCGGGCUUCCCGCUCUCACUAACACCGGUACCUUUCGGUCGCCCCUGUCGGUGUCCCCCCCCCACACUGAAGAUGUCCGGCUGGCAGGGUUACGUGGAUAUGAUGAUGAACGAUGGCUCCUGCCAGGACUGCGCCAUUGCUGGGUACACGGACGCCAAGUACGUCUGGGCCUGCACCCCCGGAGGCUUGUUCCAGGGAUUAACGGCUGCAGAAAUAGAUACUGUGAUAGGAAAGGACAGAGAAGGAUUCUUCACUAAUGGUCUACUUAUUGGAGGAAAGAAAUGCUCGGUGAUCAGAGACAGCCUGUUUGUUGAAAAUGAUCACACAAUGGACAUCAGGACAAAAAGUCAAGGUGGAGAACCAACAUACAACAUUGCUGUAGGCAGAGCUGGCAGAGUUUUGAUCUUCACAAUGGGAAAGGAAGGAGUCCAUGGAGGCGGCUUGAAUAAAAAGGCGUAUUCAAUGGCAAAAUACUUGAGAGAUAUGGGUUUCUAGCUGUUAGGCCAACUUAUAUUCUAGGGGGAAAAUAAACAAUUGCUACUAAACUUUCCUGUCUGAACAAAGCAUCAUUUUCAUCUGGAAAUUUUAUUAGCAAUAACUGGGGGUGAUGGGGGAUGAACCUGUGUCUCCUUUGUAUCCCUAUUUAAGUGGGGAAAGUCUUUUUUUUUUUUUUUUUUUUUUUUUUUUCUCUUUGUCAUUUCAAGCAUUUUAGUUUUAUGGCAAAUUAUGUCCACAAUGGGGACAACCCAACCGGAUGUUCUGUUAAUUGCUUUCACCCUUCCUAAAGGCUUUACCACUGAGCAGCAUCUUCUGCCAGCAUUCGCUGUGUUUUCCCAUCAUUCAUGCUGUGGGUGAUGGUUCCAAUUUGUCUUACAUUUACCCAUCAUCCUAUUGUCCAUGUCGACAUUACUCACGACCCUCAUCGACGAUCUACUUGUAGUUUCUUAAUGUGAAAUAUGUGGCUUUAAGUAUGUUUACAAGCUAGUCAUCCAAUUUUAUUAGUAUACAUAGUGUCUGACACAUUGUAUUUGAAAUUUGUGUAGUAAACUGUGGACAUGAGUCCCAGUUCAAUACAACUUGAGUACCGAAUGUAAACUUUUGCCACAAUUGUACCUCAGCUAAGUAACUUUAGUCCUUUUCUCAUAUGAAACAAGUACUUGACUCAAUCUAAACAGCUUUAGAGGUUGGCAUUGUAUUUAAAACCCAGGAGAUUCUCCCAUUUGUGCUGCUCUGCUACCAGCUUAGGGUACUUGGCAUAUGCUUGUGUUGUCUUGCAAGAAGUCUAGGCUUAGUAUGAGUAGAAGCCUAGCAUCUUAAGUCUGCAGGACUACAAUUAGGCAUAGGCCAUAAACUUAUGCAUACUGGGGUGAAUGGCAGUGCACAGAAAAUGACGCGGAACAAUGAAGCAUGUUCUUGAAACCACUGGAUCCCCUGCCUUUUUGAGUGGUUUGAGCAGAUACACAGCUCAGUUUAGUCUUCCUUUUGCUCAAACACAGGUGGAAAUAACUACAUAGAACACUAAAUUCUAGGUCCACAUUCACACUACUCUUGAAUUUUCUUUUAGUGCGUGUCUGAAUGAUCCCUUUUUAAUAUUGGUGCAGAUCAGUGUCUGUUACCAGCUUGGCAUUGACAUUUCUGCUCAGAGGGAUGGUUUUUGGUGCAAUAACUGUUACACCUUUUUAUUCCACAUUAGUAUAUGCCAAAUAAUUUUUUUUAAACAAGUUUUAAAGCCAUUUGCUAGCAUUUAUUCCUUCAUUGUGGUUGAGAUGGGAAAACUGUCCUUGAACUCUAAGCUCUAAUCUUAAACCCAGCCCUGCAGCACAGCAAAGGUUUUCACAGAUAAGGGAGUGAACAUGAGGAUUGGUACACAAGCGCUCAUAUAGGAGGGCCUUGCACAUAGUCCAGUAAGCUGUAAGAGAAUUUUGGGGUAUAGUUAUAACUUAUUUCUCAAUGUGGAUCUUUAUUGUAAGCAGUUGACAUAGUGGUCAAUGGCCCAUAUCACAAUGUUAAGUAAUCUAUGAUCUGGUCUCCCUUUCACUCCUAGAAGUCUCCAUACUCCUUGUUUAGUUCUGUUGUGUCUUGUGACAUUUAGCCUAAAUGACAGUGUUGCCUUUCCUUUCUACCACAUAAGAUUUUUAGUGGACGUUGGCUGGUCAAAGAUCCUGCUGUAUACUUCAAGUCCUGCAAGAACUUUAUACAUUUCUAAUAAUAUAACUGACAAACCUAUUUGAAUUGUGUAACACUACAAAUAUAAAAUCCUUCAUUUUUGAAGGAGCCGCUGACACAGGCUCUUGAUCAGUUAGCGCAUUUAGUUCUAAGAUUUUAAUUUUUUUUGUUAGGGAAUAUUGUGAUCUAAACCCUUAUAAUAUACAAUGUUUUGGUAUAUAUUUUGCUCAUUGGACCAAUUGCAGCUACAUAUUUCCCAAGCACUUAAAGGCUUAAUUCAUCUUAAAGAAAGCCAGUCACAAAGUGUAAGGAGCUGUAUUGAUGGUUGAAUCAAUAUUCAGUAGAACUGUUGACCAGGACAUGGUUACCUUGACGUUUGAGGCGUAUGUUAUGAAGAUCCUCGGUAAUGCUGUUAAUGAACACACUCUGAACAUUGGUCCAGGCUACAUCAUGGCCGCCUUCUCUUCAUGACUGGUCCAUUUUAAGGAAGGAACUGCCGGCUGCAAUGACGUACUUCAGCUUAUUUUCUUUGGCUGGCUCUCCUAAGAACCAUGACGGUGCUGCUUGAUUCUCUCCAUAGUUUAAGGGUUGGUAGUCUGCAAUAGUGCUGCUGAUAAAGCGGAACAGCAAAUUCACAUUUGGGGAAACUUUGCUGCAGAAUCAGUUCAGUACAUUUUUUCUUUUUCCUUGUAUUUUAAAUGUGUAUAACCUGGUUGUCAGUUAAAUUCACUACUCACCGUCUAUUUUAAUAAAUGAAAACUAUAUGGAUUCUUUGUACUAAAGAAUAGUAGAUGGCAUUCUUUAGAAUGAACCCGGCUGUAUUUGUGAUAGCUUCAUAUGUAUUCUGUGCCAUAUGACAAAACAAAGCUGUGAGAUGGCUUUUAACUGACACGAGGUCCUCCUUUCUCUGGAAUGGCAAUUCUGUAAAGACAUUUUUAGUAUUUUGCUUCAGUUUGUCUUGUGUAUCAUGUAAAAGAAGAAAAAAAACUGUAAACAUUCUUGUUAAUUUGUCCAUCUUUCCCUGCACUUUUGUUACAUCUGGGAUACAGUCUAACUCAUCUGACUUAAUAUGCAUUUAAAAAAAUGCCAUAAACUAUUAAAACACCUUGUUUACAGACAGAUGAAAUUAAAUUUAUUCCAACCAAA